CUGGGACUGCGUGGCGACUAUCAGAUAGGCGGAUAACUUAAACACAGGGUUGCGCUGUUUACACCAGGUGUUGAAACGUUUUAUCUGGAACCGACAGCGAAAGUUCAGAUGCAAGGGGGUGUGUGGCUGGCAUGAGUCUUGUCAGUGCGACGCGUCACCUCGCGGAGCUGCACAGGUGAAGCAACGUCCAGCGCUAUCUGUUCGCCCUUAUGCACUUGCUCUACAUUGUGCCGCUUGCGGGGGUUUGAAGUUGGUACCUGCACUCCUUCGGUGAAGCAUCCCUGAUUUGUUCAGGUCUGUCUGCUCACCAGGGGAUCUGCGAUUCUUCCAAGCGACCUAUGACGGUGUUGUGUUGCCGACAUUGAAAGUGACAUGAAGAGAUUACGAGAGAACAGUGAUCAUGAUGAUCGUGAAGUCUCACUUCCUAACAAUCCAACCUCGACUGAGCAGCUCGCGUCCUCAUCUGCAGGUGUUUCUUUGAACACUGAAGUCGAGGAACCGGACGUUCCAGAAAGCAUCCCAGUAGUCACUUCCGAGGACGCUCCGCAAGACGUACCCAACUCGAGCCUGUUUUCGAAAGUAUUUCAUUACAUUUAUCUGGCCCGUCUAGAAGUCUUCCUCGUGCUGUACAUCUUCAGCCGCUCCCUGACGGCCACGUCUAUACAAGAUCUCCUGCUCCACAAGGCGUGCCUCAAUAACCUGCAAUGGAAUUCUUCCAUAUGCGACCACCUGGACCAGUAUCCGCCCAUCAAAGAUGAAGCCGAGAAAAUCGCCAGCAACUACAGCAUGCUGAGAUCUGUAAUAUCCUUAGCUCCUUCCGCGGCAAUAUCUAUCGUUAUCGGUCCCUGGUGCGACAGGUACGGGUACAAGACUCCUCUCCUGAUUAGCAACAUCGGUUAUGUAGUUAGUACGACGCUCGUUCUUGUAACGGCCUACAGCAUGUCGCUUCCUUUAUACUAUGACCUCUUGGCUGCGAUUCCCGAUGGCGUACUUGGAGGAAUGAUCUCUGUCUUCAUGGCAGUGUACAGUGAAGCCACUCUUUCUACUAAAGGAAGUCAAAGACGUAUCAAAUUUUUCCUCCUGGAUCUGGGACUCGCGGCCGCGUAUCCUUUGGGAAACCUGAUUGGCGGUCAAGUCUACGGUCAUUUCGGGAUCCGUGUCAUAUUGCGGGUUUCAAUCUGUGUGUCCCUUAUUGCCGAACUUUGGGCUCUGGUGGUGUUUGAUGUGCCCGUUCGAGCGAAGGAGCUAAAAGACAGUGUAUGGACCAAGCUGCGACGCCUGUUCAAAGUCCAAAAUUUAACCGAUGGUAUUCGGGCUUGUUUGCGAGUUCGACCAGCUAGGGGAAGGACUCAGCUGUGGCUGCUCUUUGUAUCACUCUGCUUCAUGGUUAUGGAUAUGGCAACCAUGAGCGUGUCCUACUAUUAUGUGCGGAAGAUGUACUCCUGGAGCGUGCAAGAGUACACGGCCGUCAGCUCUAUCUCGUCAGGCGUCACCUACAUCUUCUAUGCGCCCAUCGUACUCCUUUUCUCACGGGUAUUGAAGGUAUCUGAUUUGUGGAUGGCAGCCACCGGAGUGUCCUUUGCAGUUGGUCAACUUGUCGUAUGUGGUCUGGCGUACACGGAGUGGCUCUACUACCUCCAAUACGUUGUUGGUAUUCCAUCUUUCGUGGGUCACGUGGGCAUACGCACGCAUCUCUCCAAGCUGUUGGCAGAAGAUGAAGUUGGGAAGAUCUUUUCAUUCCUGGCGUCCUGUGAAGCCAUCCUCCCCAUCGUUGGUGAGGUGAUCUUCACCAAGGUCUUUCAGUGGUCUCUGGACUUCUUCCCGGGGUUGGUGUACCUCAUAGCUGCAGCCAUUUGCCUAUGUUCUGUCGUGCUGCUCGUGUACUGCGCCCGUAUAUCAAGCCACUCCUACACACCACUGCAGAAGGAGAAUGAAAUAAUCUGCGACGACGACGCCGUCGGCAACUGCAGCAUCAGUGCUUGAGUUAUAUCGUGCGAUAAGAGAGCGUCGCAAUAUGACAUUAGCGGAGCUCUGCUGCGAGGGACAGCGGACCUCCAUUCCGGAUACAAUUGGACGGACAUUCUAAUUGAAAGAUGUCCCUCCGGCAAACGCACAACACGUUGUGUCACAGUCUCAACGGCAGAACACACGUCAUGAAAGCAAGAUUAUUUCCUGGCCCUUUACUUUUUACACAGCCUAUAAUGGCAUAUGUCCUUUGACUAGCACAACCGUGUUGCCACUGGCAUACUGUUGAAUGCAGCAAUGAGCAACACAGUGAAGACAAGAGGUUGGCGCCACGGCUGCUUACUGACAACUAACGGAAGUCUUUAUUCGACACUCUGCAUUCAACAAUAUGUCUAGACACCAACUACCCCAACUUCGUACACUUCUGCCACUAUAGCAGCAGGGGUGCCGCACUCAUUCGUGUCCGCGGGCCGCAUUGAGCCAUGGAAGCAUUGAGCCAUGAAGGAGCCAUUUCCACGGAUUUGGGCUAGCCUGUUCUUGAUAUAGAUGACAUAAAACGUGUAUAUAUAUAUAUAUAUAUAUAUAUAUGAGUUA